AUGGACCCGUUCACCGGCAGAGACGACAACCUUCCCUCCCUCCUUUCCGAACAGCGCCGAGAACUCAUGGCGGCCCAAACCCUAGAAUCUGACCUCGACCUUGCCUUCCGACUUCAACUCGAAGAAGCCAUGAACGCCUCCAUCACUCUCCUCCCUUCCACCUCAGCCUCCGCCUCCGCCUCCUCCUCAACAGCAUCACCACCGAUUAGCAAAGUCGAAAAUACUACCUUUCUUCACACUCUACAAUGUGAAGAAAUCUCUAAGUUAGAACAAGAGAUAAACGAUCGCAGGCAAUCAGAAUUCGAAAUGCGCAGAAUCAGAGAAGAUCUUGACCGUCGAAUCCAUGAUCAGAAAGUAGCGCGAGAUAUUCUGAAAAUACCGGAGGAAGAGUGGCUAGAUUGGGGAGAUGAUUUCGAGAAACCCUUCGGCGAGGGAUCGUCCUCGUCAAAACUAGUAGAAGAAGAAGAUACUGCAUCGGUUGUAUUCAAGUUGUAUUUCAAGGGUUUGAUUAGUGAAGAAGAUAAGAAAAAUUUAGGUGGAAUUGGAAUUGCGAUUUGUGACCCGACAAAUAAUUUGGUUUUCGAGAUAAGCAAGCCAUUGAUUGGGACUGGAACGAGCAAGAACGUGGCCGAGGCUAAGGCUUUGAUUGAAGGCCUUAACGCUGCUCUUGCUUUGGACCUUAAGAGGAUUGCUGUAUAUUGCGAUUUUUAUCCACUUUAUAACUUCGUUACUGGGAGAUGGUUGGCUAAGCAGAGGAAGAUUGCAAUGUUAAUCAAUCAGGUAGCCCUUCUUCAAAAGAAGUUUGUAUAUUGCAACCCUUUUCUUGUGCCGCGAAAUGAUAUUAAAUAUGCAUUUAAAUUUGCUAGAGAGGCAAUAGUUUCUCAGCUCACUAGGCAGGCAGCAGAAUCCAGCCGCGAGAGGAUUGCCAUUAUUGAAGCUUGUGUUAUCUGUUUAGAAGAUACUGAUGGCGAUCAUAUCUUCUCGGUUGAUGGAUGUCAGCACAGGUACUGUAUUUCUUGUAUGAAACAGCAUGUGGAGGUUAAAUUGCUUCAUGGAACGAUGCCAAAAUGCCCUCAUGAAGGUUGUCAGUCUGAGCUUACUGUUGAAAGUUGUAGAAAAUUCUUGACACCUAAAUUAAUCGAGACUAUGUGCUUACGUAUAAAGGAAGCUUCGAUACCUGUUUCAGAGAAAAUUUACUGCCCGUAUCCAAAAUGUUCAGCAUUGAUGUCAAAAAAUGAGGUUUCUGAGCAUGCUAAAAGUGCAGUUGCUGCUGGUUUGCAACUUGUUGGUGCUAGGAAAUGCUUGAAAUGCCAUGGUCUUUUUUGUAUUAAUUGCAAGGUCCCAUGGCAUAAUAAUAUGACAUGUUAUAGUUACAAAAGGUUGAAUCCUGAUAACCCUGCAGAAGAUGUCAAACUGAAAUCUCUUGCAACAAGGAACCUAUGGCGCCAAUGUGUGAAGUGCAACCAUAUGAUUGAACUUGCUGAAGGUUGUUACCACAUGACUUGCAGGUGUGGCUUUGAGUUUUGCUAUAAUUGUGGAUCUGAGUGGAAGGACAAAAAAGCAACAUGUUCUUGUCCACUCUGGGCGGAAGAGAAUAUCUUGUAUGCUGAAAGUGAUGGAGACUUUGAUGAGGACGAGGACGAGGAUGAGUAG